CCUUUGAUGAGUUCAGUGGCACGACUAAUACAACACUGAAUACACUGCUGCUGCAACGGUUACCUCACGAGAGAGAGAGAGAGAGAGAGAGAGAGAGAGACAGUAAGAGGAAGAAAGACAGAACAAGUUAAUGAGAAGAAGACAUGAGUUAAACAGGGACUAGCGUUUGACUGGUCCCAGACAGCAGGAAUGUUGUCUUGCUGCUGACUCACAGACGAGAGGGGACGAGAGCAGAGGACAAACACGCCUGUGUCAUUGUCUCUUGUCUUCCAAGUGCCAGCAGUGAAUCGGGACUAACGGAGUGUGUGAGUGAUCUGUCCGGUGUUUCUGGCUGAGGACUGAGCUCUGCUCUAUUGGAUUAGUGUGUCUUCUGUGGAGCAGCGUGUAGCACAGCUAUGGGGAACCAGGAAACCCGGGUGGAGGAGCCGGACACAGGUGUCCAGUCAACCAAAAAAUCUGGGAUACCAACUCCUCGUGAGAUCCCGCAAACCAUCUCCAGAGAACGUCUCUCGUUACGUGACCAACAGAAAAGCUCUACCACCAAGAAGAUGGUCGCCAGUGCCAGCACAUCCAGCCUGUCUGCUCUGGCCAAGCACUCCCGUGGGUCUGUCAAGACCAAAGCAGAGUCUGUGGCUUUGGACAAGACCCUCCUGGAGAGUCAGGUGAAGGAGCUCCUGGCUGAGGCUAAAGCCAAAGAGUUUGAGAUCAGUAAGUUACAGACAGAGCUUCAGCGGCAUAAAGAGAUAGGUUCAUUAUCAGAGGCCGGGACACCGGAUGGGAACUCUGAGGUUGAGAGGACACCAGCACAGCCUGGAGAUAUCCAGACAUUCAUAGGGGAACUGAGAGAAACAAAUGUGCGUUUCCAGCGUGAACUGGCCUCCUUGCAGGAAGAGAACCAGGCUCUUAAGCAGAAGCUUAUUGCAUUGGAGAGCUCAUCCUUAUCUAGUGGCAAUAACAAAAGCAUCACAACACCACUCAAGCAUUCAGUUAAUGGGGUUUUGCCCAACAAAAACACUUCCGAUACAGCUGCCAUCUGUGCAGUCAAUGGAAGCCACCUUAACAAUUCUGUGCCAUCUGGUAGUGACAGCACCAAAGGCUCUCCUUUACCUUCCUCAAACUCCUCAGAGUUUGAGAAGAUCCCAUCACACUCAGACUCAUUCAGUAGUGGCAUUAAGGGUGUUAUCUCCAGUUGCGUGGUGAAUGAGAUCUCAGUGGAGUCCCUGACGGACUGCAUCCAGAAGAUGGAAGAGAGUCACCACAGUACGGCUGAAGAACUUCAAGCCACUCUACAGGAGCUGGCUGACCAACAGCAGGUUGUCCAAGAACUAACAGCUGAAAAUGAGCGCCUAGCACAGGAGAAGGGCCUCCUACAGACCUCCCUGCAGCAGCAACGUGAACGCGUGGAACUCUUGGCCCAAAAGAAUGAAUCUAUACUCCAGAGGUUCAGAGAUCAAUCCCAGAGUCAAGAAGCUGAGGCCUGUAGGGUAGCAGAGCUUGAGCAGCGACUGGCUGAGCAGGUGGAGAGCUCCCGCUUUGAAAGAGAGAAACUGGUAAACAUCCAGCAGCAGUUGACUGGGAGUCUUAGAGCUUUGGAAAAUGAGCAUCAGGAGGCACAAGUAGCUGUGAAGAGCUUAAAGGAAGAGGUGGAACUUUUUCAAGAGUGUCUGGAGAGGGAGAAGGAUCUUGCAGACGAGGCGGUGAGGAAAGCUGAAGAACAACGACUGGCCACAGAGGCUCUGAGAGUGGAGAAUUUUAAUUUGAAGGCACAGGUGGAGGCAGAGAGGCAAAAGGUAGCUGAGCUAAAGGCUGUGCACAGUGCCAGUGACAACACAGAGUUGCAAAGUCUGCUCAAAGUGGCACAUGAAGACAGAGACAAGUUGGAGCUCAUCUGCACAGAGAUUCGACAAGAGCUACAGCAGUCACGCAGUCAAACUGAGUGUGCUCAGGGCGCACUGGCCAAGGUGGAGGCAGACAGACAACAGUUGCUGGAGAGGGUGGAGAAACAGGAACAAGAUCAUAAAACCAACAUGCUCGAUCUAGAGGAGAAGAGCCAAGACCAUGAGAACCAGAUCAAGGAUCUGAAAGAGACCAUUUUUGAGCUGGAGGACCAGGUGGAGCAGCAGCAGGCGGUUAGACUGCACACCAACCAGACGAUCCUGGACCUGGAGAAUCAAAUCAAGAGGCUGGAAGAAAACAAGGCUGAGCUGGAGAAGCAAGUUAAAGCCAUGAAUAAGCAAAUUAAGGAUGAGACAGAAGAGUGGCGCCGUUUCCAGGCUGACCUCCAGACAGCAGUGGUGGUCGCUAAUGACAUAAAGGUGGAAGCUCAACAGGAACUACGCACACUGCGCAGACAUCUGCUGGAGGAGGAGGAGCACAGUGCCAGACUGGCUUCAGAGCUGGAGCAGGUCCGAGGGGCCAGGUUAUGGAGGGAGGAUGUUAGUCUAUCUGACUCUGAUGGCAGUCCACAUUGGAGCCAUAUGUCCAUGUCCCAGAAUGCACCUUGCAGUUUUCUGACCAAUGGUAGUGGAGGCAGCACCCCUUCAGAGCCAGAAGCAACAGUCAAAUCUCUCAUCAAGUCUUUUGAUACAACUGUACCGAAUGGACCUAGUAGCUCAGUACAGAUCCACAUAUCUCCCAGAAGCCCCCUGAGUGGCAUACCAGUCCGUAUUGCCCCUGCUGCUGCUGUCUCACCUAUUCAGAGGCAGUCUGCAAUCAAGCCACUGCCAAAGGCCCUGGAGAGAAGAAUCGCCUUUGGAGAUUUCGCCCACACUGGAUCAUGUGAUGAACUGAAGCCCUCAUCUCUUAUGAGGAAGAGUCCGUCCCUGGAGUCAGUGAUUAAAACUCCAGCUCAUUUCAACAACCGAACUUCUUCAUUUACUUACAACAGGGCCAACAGCAAACUCAAUGUGGAAAGAACAGACCCUCUGUCUGCUCUGGCGCGGGAGUACGGUGGAUCUAAGAGGAAUGCUCUACUGAAGUGGUGCCAGAAGAAAACAGAGGGCUAUCCGAAUAUAGAUGUGACAAACUUCAGCAGCAGUUGGAGCGAUGGCCUGGCAUUCUGUGCUCUGCUACACACCUACCUGCCUGCACACAUCCCUUACCAGGAGCUCAUAAGCCAAGAAAAGGGGCGAAAUCUUACGCUGGCUUUCCAAGCAGCCGAAAGCAUUGGCAUCAAGCCCUCUCUGCCGCUUGUCCUAUGUACGGUCGCCGGUAGCCAAUCCAAGCUGUCUCGGGCUGAAGGCAGGGAAACACCCUGGACAGGUGGCCUAAUAGUAUUGAUGAAUUGAUGCACACAGACCGGCCGGACUGGCAGAGUGUCAUGCAGUAUGUCUCUCAGAUCUAUAAGUACUUUGAGACAUAAUUCUUGAAGGAAGAGGAAGGUGAACAUAAGGGCAAAGAAUCACUUUUAUUUGCUUGGUCCAGUUCUCUUACAGCCAAUCGCUCACUCAAUCUCACACACACACACACACACACACACACACACACACACACACACACACACACACACACACACACACACACACACUCAAACACA